AUGACUAAAUACAGGGCGGAGGCGGCGCGGCGGGUCGUGGGCGUCCUGGAGGAGCUCGAGGCGGCGUUCCAGGAGUGCUCCGGGGGCGAGGCGUUCUUCGGCGGGGGCGGCGUCGGGCUCGUCGACGUCGUGCUGGGCGGCUUCCUCGGGUGGCUGCGCGCGUCCGAGGCCAUGUGCGGCGUCAGGGUCGUCGACCCCGCCGCGACGCCGCUCCUGGCGGUGUGGGCGGACCGGUUCGGCGCGCUCGACGGCGUCAGGGAGGUGAUACCGGACGUGCAGAGGCUGCUCCUGCUCGAGUACAACAGGAUGAGGCGCGCCCUCCUCGGGCUGCCGUAGUGGAAGAUUCCUGAGGGCUCGCCGCCAGUCGCCGCUGAAUAAAGAGAAACGGCUAUUGGGGAACCGUUUGUCUGACUCUGACAUCAGAAGUUUGUCACGGAACCCCAAGCAGAAGCAGCUUCUUGUCCAUCGUUGCAGCAACGUGAUGGCGACGAAAAAGUUUAUUUUCCACCCGUUUUGCCAAAAACAUAUUGGGUGUGUUUAGAUAAAAACACCCUCGCAAAAUUCAAACUUUCCAUCACAUCAAAAUCACAUCGA